AUGAGGUCUUUCAGCUAUGCCCUUCUCGGCGUCAUCGCGCAGGCUGCUCUCGGACUGGCGUCUGUCAUCCACAGCGACGGCGGUCGAGACCAGAUCGUCCUGGCAGAUCAUGUCACCCCUCAGGAAGGUAUUCUAGAGUAUUUCCCCAGUCACUUUGAUCCCUCUUCUGCUCGACACCGUCCUCUCUGUAUCCUGCAUGCUCUCGGGGACGAGCGGGACGACGCCGACAAUUUUGAGAAAGCGGUAGACAAAUGUGGCAGAGGAGGUAUUGUAAAACUGCCUGACGCAAACUACACCAUCGGCCGCCCUCUCGACAUCUACCUUGCCCACUCCACCCUCGAUAUCCAUGGCUGGUUCUCAUUCUCGACCGAUAUACCCUUCUGGAUUGCGAACCGUAUCCUCUUCGACUUUCAAAACCAGUCCUUGGCAUUUGUCAUAAGGGGUCACGAUUAUGUCCUCGAUGGCAACAACAAGGGAGGUAUCCACGGCAAUGGCGAUGUCUGGUACGAGUACGCCAAAGACUUUGGAAACAAGUUCGGUCGACCCAUGUCCCUCGCCAUCAAGGAUAGCAAGAAUGUCGUCAUUCGGAACUUUAGCAUUGUACAGCCCCAAUUCUGGGCGUCGCUCGUAUGGGGUUCGGAGAAUGUCUACUUUCGGGACUUUUAUGUGAACGCCACCAGUUUCAACCCAGAGUCUCGAUCAGACGAAAAGAAUUGGCUGCAGAAUACUGACGGCUCGGAUACUUAUCAAAGUUACAACGUCACUUAUGAGAAUUUUGUCUAUCAAGGUGGAGAUGACUGCAUUGCUCUCAAGCCCAAUAGCACAUUGAUUAACGUCCGCAAUGUUACCUGUGUUGGUGGCACUGGUAUUGCGUUUGGCUCAAUUGCACAAUAUGCAGGAGUGAAAGAUAUCAUUGAAGACGUACACAUGGAAGAUGUCAAGCUUUAUCCAUCCAACCAAUGUCCCGGAUAUCAAGGAGUAUACUUCAAGUCUUGGUUGGGAGCCUCUAUCGGGACACCUCCAAACGGAGGUGGAGGGGGCUACGGCUACUGUCGCAACGUGACAGUGAAGGAUGUCUAUAUGGAAGAUAUUUGGCACCCGCUUGUAGUUCAGUCAGAUCUCACCUAUCUCGAAUUCGAGAGGGACAAGUACUCGGACACCGGGCUCUUUGAAUGGUACGACAUACAUCUACAGAACUUUACGGGAACAGCUUUGGCCAACCGUGUUGCUUGGAUGUCCUGCUCCAAGCUGACACCCUGCCAUGAUUGGACCUUCAAGGACAUUGCCAUUGAGCCCGGAAAGAAUGACCACCCAGAGAUCCAAUACACUUGCAACAACUUUGUGCUAGGGGGGAAGGACGGUCUCAAUCAAUGCCAUCCAAGCAAUUCAGUGCUGGAAACAGAGAACGGAGGCACCCUGUAA